CGGGGGCACCGGGCCCGCGGGCCCGCGAGACUCUGCGUGCGGCGCCCGCCCGACCAUGCUCCUCUACCGCAGCGCCGUGUGGUUCGCCAAAGGCCUGCGCGAAUAUACCAAGAGUGGCUAUGAAUCUGCAUCCAAGGACUUCAUCCCUGAUGACCUGGAGGUCCAAGUCCCUGGAAGAGCCUUCAUGGUCACCGGGGGGAACAGCGGCAUUGGAAGAGCAACUGCCUUCGAGAUCGCCAAGCGAGGUGGCACAGUUCACCUGGUUUGUCGAGAUCAAAACCGAGCGGAAGGUGCCAGAGGGGAGAUCAUCAGGGAGAGCGGGAACCAGAACAUCUUUCUGCACAUUGUGGACUUAUCUGAUCCCAAGACAGUCUGGAAAUUUGUUGAAAAUUUCAAGCAGGAACAUACCCUCAAUGUCCUGAUCAAUAAUGCAGGUUGCAUGGUCAAUAAGAGAGAGCUCACGGAAGAUGGACUUGAAAAAAACUUUGCUACCAACACUCUGGGUGUGUAUGUUCUCACGACUGCCCUGAUCCCCGUCUUGGAGAAAGAACAUGACCCCAGAGUGGUGACAGUCUCCUCCGGAGGAAUGCUGGUUCAGAAACUGAGUACCGAUGACCUACAGUCAGAAAGGACAGCGUUCGAUGGCACCAUGGUCUAUGCACAAAACAAAAGGCAGCAGGUGGUACUGACGGAGCGGUGGGCCCGAGCGCACCCGGCCAUCCACUUCUCGUGCAUGCAUCCCGGCUGGGUCGACACCCCAGUAAGAAGGCUGGUCAACUGCCUAGGUACUCUAGAGGCAAUGCAAAUGCUCCCACGGAGAAGAAAGCAGAAAAAACAGUGAUGUGGGAAACGGGACGGACGUGGAGGAGGAGACUGCAGUUUUCUAAUCAUGUUUCAAGUUGCCACUCCUCGGCAAUGGGCUCCCUGAAGAUGGCUGUUAAUUGCUCAAUCUGGAGAACAGAUCUUCAGUAUCCUAAAAUUGAUCACUUAAAAAUAUUUAGAAUUAAAGAAUUAGGUUUAAUUUGUAGUCACUCAGACUCUCUGGGUCUGUGUCUUUAACGAAGAAUUAAACUAGAAUAUCCCAUCUCUUGCAGCUCUCUAAUUUAAUGAGAACUCAUUAAUUUCACCACAUAUGAUGAGCAAAACAUAACCAAUGAACAUAAAUGCUUACUUAUGCAAGGGCAUCUUACUUAAUAUUUGCUAUGACUAAAUAAGAGUGAAAAAAACACAUACAUUAACAUUAGGGUUAUCUGUAAGAGAAUGCUUUGUUUUAUUAAUUUGCCAAGAAUUUCCUUUAAAUGCUGACCUCCUCUGAUGCAUUUUAAAUAUGUUUCUAUUUACAUGCAGCUUUUAAGACACCCAUCUAGUACGUAAAAUGAUUUUACUCUACACAGGUGCGGGGGUGGGUGGAGGUGGGAGAAUUGGGCAAUAAGUUCCCUAUGAGAUCCUGUUGUAAUUCACUAAAAGGGAAACUUGGUGAAGAGCAUUCUGUUUACAUCUGUUUUACAACAGCUGACAUGAAAAAGACGACAUGGGAGGAAUUCCCUGGCGGUCCAGUGGUUAGGACUCCGAGCUUCCAUGACAGGGGGCAUGGGUUCAAUC